CUGCUCAUCCUUUUUUUUUUUUUCACACUAGGAAGUGACAUCACAUGUUGACAGCGUGGUUCAGGCACGCCUCCCUGGAAACAGGGAGAGGGGAGAGGGCAUGAGAUAAACGGUGGUAGAUUCAGAGGCAGACGUUGGAUUGGCAUGGCUGUGUGCAGCUCAGCUCUACUAUCUGCAUCCACGAGGCUGCUGUCUGGACAUUUGGAUUCUCUCUGCAGAGCAACACAGCCUUGAUACGGAGCCAGAGUGAGCCGUGCUGUGUUUUCACAGCAUGUUGCAGGGAACUGGGAGAUAGAGAGGCAAUAAUAAGGGGGGACAACCUUACCACACACUUGAGCGAUGUUCCGUGAGCUUCUCUCUCUCUCGCUUCAGACCGACACAGAGACCUCGGACUAAUGGAGGGAUGCAAUGAUGUUAUUCUUUGCUUGUCAUGCUUGAAUCACAGCUUCAUAUUUCCUUUUGUGUCAGAGACCUUAUUGUCUUUGUCUGUCACUGCUGCCGGAUCAACUGUGGGGUAGCGUGGCGGACAGAGCCCCCUCCUCAACCCCCCUCUCCCUUGUCUGUGCCCCUGGCUUAUUAUCAAUCCCAGCACGCUCGUGUCUAUUUACCUCCUUUAAGCUACCCUCCCUUCUCUGUAAGUCUUUGUUGCUCUCCUGCUCCUUACCGUUUACUAUCUCCCUCUCUUUGCUCCUUCAAAGCGUGCAGUCUGCGAUUCUAUCCCAGCAGCUUGCUAUAUGAUCUCCUGGAAACCAGUUUUGGCUGCUGCUCUGCCGUCUCACAAUUCCUGAGCCCUUCCAGAUUUCUAUCUCUACAACGGCGAGAUGUUCCUUCAAGAAGAUUGAGCCCCAUCCACCCUUGUUCACUACCCCCUUUCCCUCCCCUUUCCUGAUCUCCUGCCCUCUGACCCUCACCCUCUUGUUCUCUACACCCACCAACCCCUUUCCUACUCACCCUUACCCCGAGCCUCUUUCCCCCAUAAUUCAUUCCACCCCCUUGACCAUGUUGCCAUGUGCCUGCUGGCUCCAACUUAUCCUCAUCUUGCUGUCCUCUGUCUUAUUGACCCGGGGGGAAAACUGCCCAGCAACUUGCCUGUGCCCAGAUCCUCACACUGUGGACUGCAGCGGCCGUGGGCUGACCCGUUUACCUGAUGAGAUCCCUCUGGAUGUGCGCAGGCUGUUGCUUGCCGACAACUGGAUACCCCGCAUCCCCUCGGACUUCUUGGUUCUGUACAGUGACUUGGUCUACCUUGACCUCCGGAACAACUCCCUCUCGCACAUAGAACAAGGGACCCUCAGCACCUCUUCAAGGCUUGUGUUCCUUGAUUUGGGGAGCAACAAUCUGACUGAAAUCCCUAAGGGGACAUUUGGGGAGUCCCGGAGCCUGAUCAAACUGCGGCUGGGUAACAACCCGUAUCUGAGCAUGGUGAGUGAGGAGGCUUUCGUUGGCCUCACCUCUCUAAGAGAACUGGAACUGGAGCGUAAUGCACUGUCUACCUUAAAGGUGGGGGCACUAAGUCAGUUGCCCUCCUUACGGGUGGUGAGGCUGGAGGGUAACCCUUGGGUGUGCAACUGCAACUUUGCCAGCCUGUUCGAAUGGCUGAUGGAAAACAGUCACAAGCUUCCAAACGGCGUGGAAGGCAUGGAGUGCUCCCUCCCCAUGGACGGCAGACGAGUAUCCCUGACCCAGCUCUCUAAGGACAGCUUCCGCGAGUGCCAGGCCACCUUGACUCUAACGGACCUGCUCAUCAUCAUUUUCUCUGGCAUCUCAGUGUCUGUGGUGGCCAUCAUGACCAGCUUCUUCCUGGCGUCAACUGUGCAUUGCUUCCAGCGCUGGAGUAAAGGCACCAAGGGGGAUGAGGAGGAGAGUGAGGAGUGAGAGAGGGGAUUUUUUUUUAAGGGCCAGCAUGGUCCCGGUACUUCAAACAAUGAGAGGACACCGCAGACAGUGUGUGAUAGAUGCUGCUUCCUCCUGGUGAAUAUCCAGUACGGUUCAACGGUAGGAUCUUGCCCUGGUGCGGGUGCAGCUGCUGUAUUGGCACGAGGACAUGUGAAAUAUGGUAACCAAGGACAUUCCCAAGGAAUGAGCCAAAGUCCCAUUCAAAAAUAGUGAGCGUCCUACACAUGAAAAAUUAUAUUAUAGAGAUCCAGUUACUGGCUGUUAGAGCCUUCUGUCAUUUUUAUGGCGGCAAUUUCUUGGCUCGAUGUCUUAGGCCUACACAAAUAUAGUUAGACUAACAAUCAAAAUAUAUUCAAAGAAAACAAUUUUUAGAAAAGUCUUUGUCUUAGACAAGCUGUUAAACAUGUAAUCACUUAGACGAUGGAGUCUGAAAUCAUGUUAGGUGACAAAUGUUUGGAUGAUUUUCACAGUGCAGAUUGAUAAAUCUCAUCAAAAAAUGAUAUCACAUCGACCAAUGACCUCAGUAUGUAACUGCCUAGAACAUGACAAUGCUGGCAUAUCCUGCCAUCUACAGUGUCUUUCAUGGUCAGCAUCUCUCACCAACAUUCAGAAGUGGUGCACAUGCUCCAGAAAAAGGCAAAAUACUGUUGUUGCUUCUGCAUUUAAAAUUAGACAGUGGCAGAGGUUUUAGGUGUAACCAGAAGGAGUUGGACGAUGGCUAAGAUGGUAGGUAGCUAACAAACUGUAGGCAGGAACUUCCCAGCCGGUCUAAACAAUCUCACAGCAGUAUAUUCAUUAUAUAAUCAUACAUUUAUGUACAAAAGAAAACAAUGUACAGGUAAAUGAACAUUAUGAAUAAAAAAUGAUGUACUGUUUGUUUCUUAGCUUGAGAACUGUGAACUGUAUAGAAAGAUAUCCAAAAACAGUAUAAUCUUGGAAAUUACGGCAAAUAAGGUAUUAACAUAGAGUAGAACUAUUGUGUCAAAUAAUGCACUUUAUACGGUGAAGCUGAUUAUGGCAUCCCCUAAUUACACUAUGUAGACUGGUUUUGUCUUCAUCUGCCAAAGAUUAGGGUUUAGGAGUGAUUGCAUAGACGGACUAAUGUGGAUUUUAGUGAGGUAGGGAUCGCUCUGAAAUAGGAGGCAGUACUAUAGCCAAAUUAGGGUCCUGUGACACAUAUUUUACUGAGUAAAAGAAUGAAGGUCUCCAAAGAUAAGCUUUUUUCCUCCAGGUCUGUCUGCAACUGAACUUGUGCUCUCACUUUGUUUGUACGUGGCACUGCUAUUUUAGCUCACAGAUCCCUUCAGAACAAUUAGAUAUUUACUGUGACGGGCAGGCUGUUUUUUCUCUAGAGGAUUAAAUAGAAGUAGGCACAUCAUUUUCAUUUACUAAAAGUCUCCAAGGGUCUUGUAAUAAAGCUGUUGACAUCAAAAGUCUUGCUCUAUCAAAAGCUUCUGCAAAGAAUGACAGCACAGUGAAAGGGAAGGAAAACAUUGACCUGAGUGUACACGUGCUUCUCUUUGUUAUUUGCAUCAUGUAUGUUUAAAUCCACCACCAUUGGGAUUUGGACAAAUCCAAUCUGAGCUCCCUGUAUCCCCCCCUUAGCUAAGGUAUGUGGCAUCGCUUUUCUUGUAAGGCAUAAAUAAUUCAGCAAAAAUUGAGAGCUGUGAAGCAGAAAGAAUUUCAAGCCUCUUAAUGCAAACAUGCAGCAGAUAGAAAAAGAGCCAUGAGCGUAUAGGAAGCCAUCUUUUCUGUAUGCUUCACAAAAGAUAAAAGAGAAUUCCUAAUGCCGGUGUCCCUUCAGAACAAGUCAUUACCCUGAAUGUGCAUUGUUUGUGGAGCACAUUUUGCAACAAAAAAAAACAGAUAAAUAUAUGUGGCCUUAUUUAUCGUUUAUUUUUCAUCUGUUACACAGUCAGUAAAAGCACAAAAACAAAACGGAAAGUUAAAGUGACUCUUGUACACACUAAUCUUACAAGGUUAUGUCUUACCAUGUGUUGGUGCGAGACUGUUACAUUAAUAAUUUCUGUACUGCCACAUAUUUUGUCAAUGAUGCCACGCCCUUAUUAACAUUGUUUGACUUAUACUGUGUGCAUGUAAUGUAUUUAGGAAAAUUUAAAUCACAUGCCCAUCGGAAAAAAAACAUUUUCCUAUUAAGUCAAUUGAUUCUUUGCUAAACCCCUCCGUUGGACACCGUUGUCCAAUCAAAGGUCCAGCAGCCCUGUAAAAGUAUAAGCAGUGGUGUAGUGGUGCCUAAAGAAAUGGGUAUACUCUUAAUUUGUCCCAAAAAAUAUUUACAUGAUUGACAGGUGAGUGCGAUGUAACGCUUCAUCAAGAGGCUUAAAACCUACCUCAGCUCCAGCUCUC